AUGGCAUCCCGCUUCGUCGAGAACCUCGAAGAGGUCUCCAUCAGCCACCCACACCUUAACGUUUCCCUGGACGACAUCCUCGCAGAGGAACGCCGAAGCACCUCUGCCGCCAUGAUGCCAACCUCGCCUACCACCGAAAGCAAAAUCAAACGGGCCUUCACCAUCGGCGGCAAAAAAGGUCGUCGCUCAACAUGA